AUGAAGCAGUGGAAGACUAUAACCCUCAAAUGCAGCCGCAGAGCCCUCCUCUCUCCACGCCGUCAUAUUCCCUCCGGUUUUCUGGCUGUCUACGUUGGACCGAACCGCAUGAGAUUUUUGGUUCCUGUCCGGAUCCUGCACCUUCCCAUCUUUGUAGCUCUUCUUCAAAGAGCUGAAGAAGAAUAUGGGUUCAAGUUCAACGGGGGCAUAAUUUUGCCUUGUGAGGUUGACUUUUUCAAGCAAGUGUUGAGGUUUCUUGAUAAAGAUGAGAAGAAGUACGGGCGUUUAGAGUUGCAUGAGUUCUUGAAGGUGAUUUCUGAGAUGGGUUUUGAUUCUUCUUCAUGCAAAGAUGAGGAAGGUUAUGGGUUGUUAUUGAAAAUACAAUUUUCUGUCAUAGUUGUUAUAACCAGUAUGGUAAAAAGUUGA